AUGGUCGAUACCCACGGUCCCUCGACGAACACCCCCUUCUGGAACAUCAACGUCCCUCCCUCGCAACACACAACAGACUGCCCCAGCUACCUCCGUUACGCCUUCAAAAACGACAAAGACCGCCAGAUCCUUUCCACACCCGACUCGGAAUACCGCCGCCAGUCCUGGCAGGAAGUCCAGCAGAUCAUCCACGAUAACCGGCUAGACUUGUUUUUGCGGGUGCCGAGCGAUCUGAGGCGGUAUCGCGAGUACUGCGAGAAAUUGGUCGAGCAGUAUGGGACGGUGAUGAGCUUUGUGAUGAAGGAGCGGUUGCGGUGGGGGGAUGUUGUGGCGAAGGGGAAGGCGUUUGAAUGCCCUGACGACUACACGAUCCUCUACAACGACUGGCCCUACGGAAUUGACAGCCGCAUCGUUCACCUAGUCAUCUGGAAUAAGGUCGACCACCCGUCUGAACCUAUCACUUCCACCAACCCGAAUGGCGACUUGACUCCCGAAGCCCGCAAGCAAAUCAAUGACUUCGUUGAUGAGACGUUUGCCAGUGUUUGUGGGAAGGAAAAUGUGAUCUGGUUUAAGAAUUGGAGCUCGUUGAAGAGUAUUCAUGCGAUUGAGCAUUUCCAUGUCAUGCUGUUUGAUCCGGACCGGGAGUUUGUGGAGAGGAUCACGCAUGGGGAUGUGCCGUUGGCUGAAAAGGUUGGUAAGGCGGGUGAGAUCAAGUGA